CAGCCCCGCCCCGCUCCGCCCCGCCGCGCGCGUCCUUUUUGCUCUGUUCGGCCUGUGCUUAGUGCAGAGGCAGGCCCGUGGCUCGCCUGCUGCUGAGCAACCGCUGCCGAGGCGCUGUCACAGUUGGGCUCGGGCACCCACGGCCGUGUACCCUCUGGUGCCAUGUCGCAGAGCGGGGUCCCCGGACUGCAGGAGGAGAACCUGCAGGGCUCCUGGGUAGAAUUGCACUUCAGUAAUAAUGGGAAUGGGAGCAGUGUUCCAGCCUCAGUUUCUAUUUAUAAUGGUGACUUGGAAAAAAUACUGCUAGAUGCCCAGCAUGAAUCUGGACGGAGCAGCUCCAAGAGUUCUCACUGUGACAGCCCACCUCGCUCACAGACACCACAAGAUAUUAAUAGAGCUUCUGAAACAGAUACACAUAGCAUUGGAGAAAAGAACAGUUCUCAGUCUGAGGAAGAUUAUAUUGAGAGACGGAAAGAAGUUGAAAGCAUCUUGAAGAAAAACUCUGAUUGGAUAUGGGAUUGGUCAAGUCGGCCAGAAAAUAUCCCCCCUAAGGAGUUCCUCUUUAAACACCCGAAGCGCACAGCUACUCUCAGUAUGAGAAACACGAGCGUUAUGAAGAAAGGGGGCAUUUUCUCAGCAGAAUUUCUGAAGGUUUUUCUACCAUCUCUGCUGCUGUCUCAUCUACUAGCCAUUGGAUUGGGGAUCUACAUUGGAAGGCGCCUGACAACCUCCACCAGCACCUUUUGAUGAAGAAUUGGAUCCAGCUUGACUGACACGGUGGGGAUUUGUGUCUGAGCUUAUGACAGCUAAUUUGAAGAGCUGUCAUUGGGUGGCUGCACCACUUGUUUAUUCUGUACAUGCUGUGUUCCUGAUUAGUAAACUGAAAAGAAUAGACACUAAAAUCAUGCUGAUCUGUAAUUACACGUAUGGGAUCAAUUCAUAAGCAUGGCAGACUAAUAUCUACUAUAACAAUUUAGUAGUAAAUUUUCCUUGAUAUUAGAUAUAAAUAGUAUAACUUUAAUAUACUAGUUGUGAUGUAUGUAGUAUUUAAAAAUAUUCAGUUAAAAUUUUUUUUCAAAGAAUGAAUAACAUUGAUAUUAAAAUCACUACAUUGCCACGCAUAGUGGCGCAUGUGUAUAAUCCCAGCACUUGGGACACUGAGGCAGGAUUACCAUGGGUUUGAGGUCAGCCUGAGCCACCUAGUGAUACCCUAUCUCAAAAACUCCUCCAAAAAACUACAAUAAAGGGAUUGCCCAAAAGAAAUAUUGUGGCCUUAUAAUUAUUCUAUUGUAGAAUGUUUAAUUUAGAUGGAUGCAGAUUGUCUAUAAAGACCACUGUACUAUAAAAAUUAUCUUAAGUAAUAAGCUAUUGCUGGCCGUGGGUGGUCAGUUUUUUUUUGAUAAAGGCAUCUAUUUAGUGUCUUUUACCCUUCAUUUCUCUGGAUUGCAUCUUACUGUUGUUCUCAACUUUUGUGUGCUCUUAAAAUUAGCUUUAUUGUAAGCAAAUCUGUGUCUACUUUAGAAGACUGAAAGUAGGAAAAAAAUAAUUGCCAAAUAUUUUGGAGAUUAUUGUAAUUAUAUAGGGUUAAAAAUCAGUCAAGAAAGUUUUUUGAUUAAACCAGGCCUGUUCCCCAUUGUAUCGUUCUUUUAUCUUUUCUAUAGCAUGAUUUUUAGAAAGGCUGCAUCUUUGAUACGCUGUGUAUAUUAAUACUGUAUUGUUUCAUCUUUCCACCCUUAAUUCAGGUGUGUUAAAAUAAAUGUAACAUUUUAACUUUUAA